AUGGAGCCAUCCAUGGUGUUGGUCGUGUACUUGCGGCAGAGAGCCAUCCAUGGUGUUGGUCGUGUACUUGCGGCAGAGCUCACUUCAACAUUAACCUGGUUGGCUCGUCAUGCUAGAGCCAUCCAUGGUGUUGGUCGUGUACUUGCGGCAGAGCUCACUUCAACAUUAACCUGGUUGGCUCGUCAUGCUAGAGCCAUCCAUGGUGUUGGUCGUGUACUUGCGGCAGAGAUUUCUGCUAUGAGCUCGAAGACCUCGACGCCAUACUGGCGAUCGUACCUCGAUGCACUGGAUUCUGAGGCUCCUAUCGACACUCAAAAAUACUUCUCCAUGGUGUCCAGCCCUUUCAAGCUGAACCAAUUCGAGCUGUACUCAGCUGUGAAGCCGACCUUGAAUGUGCGCUCCGCUCUUGACCGCUGGUGGGUGGACGUUUAUAAGAAAAUGGAAACAAGCCGUGAUGAGACCAUUAGGCGGGUCGGGGCAAUGCUUCGAACCCAGCAGGGGCAGGACAGUUUGACAGGAAAGCUUGAUACGUUUUGGAAAGAAGUCGAGGUCCAUCAGGCGGUCGAGGAGGAUCGCCUUGUCAAUUUGAGAAUGACUACUGAUGCCAAGAGAGACGCUUUGAUGUUGAAGAGUCGUGAUGGCUCCGACAUCUUUCCGACUGAGGAUGAGGAUCUCAAGGCCAACGAGGGCGUGUGCACUCCGCCUCGAAAGCCAAUUGUUUAUGGGGAUAUUCCCCUGGUCUCCGACGUGUUUGACCAGCUAAGCGAAGCUGACCUGAUAUUGCUGAACUCCGCGACCACCUGGUUCAAGAAAUUAACAGCCAGCGGCAUUGAUCAGGCCAUCAUCUUGAUGCGAGAGGAGCGUUUCCCAAUUGCUUGGAUUCAUGACCUGCUCUAUGAUCGUCUUAAGCUCAUUCGAAAAGGUGUGCAGGCCACCUGGGACGAGAACACUUACACGUCGUUAUGGGUGAAUUUGGAUCUUAUGGCUUUGUAUACUGGAGUUGACGACUUGAUGACACUUGUCUUCGCGAACGAGAACCACUUUUCCCCCUCCGCAUGGCGCCGAUCCCUGGUUCGAGAUCAUCCAAAUUCAAAGGGCACGAAUGUAGAUGGUUUCUAUGCUGGAAAAGAUGGGAUGAUCGACAUUGUUGUUGAGAAUGUUGGUUCACCAUCCUGUUCCAACUAUACCAAGAAGCUGGAGGACGAGCGCAAGUGUUGGAGGAACACUGCAGAUGCAUUGCUUGAACGGUACUACCUCUCUACAGGUUCUUUCGAGGUAGCGAAGGAGUACAAUGUGAUUUCGAUGGUCAUUUAUGGCACGAACUUGUACCAAGUGAAGAAAAUCUUCCAUGGGCAAUAUCAUACGAACAAGGACGCCUACCUCGUAAAGAUCAUGCUUCAUCUCAAGUUGUGCCUGGUGAUCAAGAGUGUCAUGGAGAGGAACCAAGAUGUUGCGAAGAGAUUUGAUGAAACGAUUGAUUCGUUGCUGCCCAAGGAUGAGCAGGCUAGUUUCAACCUGGCGUUGCACGUGACCCCUUCCAAGACGACCAAGGAUGUGUAA